CUCUGGCCUAGCGUUAAAAACACACAACACCACACCACACCACACCACACACUAUUACUUUUGGUUUUGUUUAAUGUGCAUCAGUGUCUAUCUGCAAUGACAUCUUUGCAGCUUUUCCUUCCUCCCCCACUUAAAUUUUUCACUUUUCUCUCUCCAUUACACGUCUGUAGGAUUAAGUUAAGUAGGGGUAGUGGCUAGCUGCUUUUUGUACUUGGAAGACCAGUGAGUGAUGGAUUCUUGAGCUUUCCUCUUUCUUCCUUCCUUCCUUCCUUUCUUCACUCCAUGAGCACGAGAGAACAGGAUCCUUAACUAGUUUAGUCCUUUUAGCUCUUUUACCUCCUCCUCCUUUUCCGUUUCUCCUUUUCUCUCUGGAUUUGUAUAAUACUACUACUACUACUAUUGCUUCGUAUCAAUCUGGGUCUGCUUCAAUUAGUUAGAUUUUUCUUUUGGUUGCAAAAGAGACCUAAAAUUUAAUUAGCUAGAUUGUUGAGACCUCAGCAGGUGAGUAUGUUUUUUAUUUAAAAAAAUUGUACUAGUGAGUCGGUCAGUCCCUCUGUGUUCUUAGAGCUAGCUGCACAAUUUCUUUUCUGCUUUCAGCUCCCACUAAUAUCUGUGUCUUUGUUUCUCUUUGAAUUAAAAGAGAAAAUGGGGAGGUGGUUUUCAGGUGGUAUUUCUAUUUGGGUAGUUAUCCUGAUUUCAAACUUAAUGAUGUGUGGAGUAGUGAUUGGGAUUGGUGCAAACUGGGGUACACAGGCAAGCCAUCCUCUGCCCCCAGAUACUGUGGUGAGCCUGCUGAGACAAAAUGGGAUUCAACAGGUUAAGCUCUUUGAUGCGGAAUAUGACACGCUGACGCAUUUGGGUAAGUCUGGGAUUGAGGUCAUGGUGGGUAUUCCUAAUGAUAUGCUGGCAUCCCUAGCCUCCAGUGUUAAGGCAGCUGAGAAGUGGGUAUCCAAAAAUGUCUCAGCACACAUCUCCUCCAAUAAUGUCAAGAUCAGGUAUGUUGCAGUUGGAAAUGAACCUUUCCUGGAAACAUAUAAUGGUAGCUUCCUCAGGACAAUCUUCCCUGCUCUGCGGAAUGUCCAGUCAGCCCUCAUAAAAGCAGGCAUUAGUAACCAAGUAAAGGUGACAGUACCCCAAAAUGCUGACGUGUAUGCGAGUUCCAACGGGCUUCCAUCUGGUGGUGACUUCCGAACUGAUAUCCAUGAUCUAAUGCUUCAAAUUAUCAAGUUCUUGAGUGACAAUGGUGCUCCUUUCACGGUGAACAUUUACCCGUUUAUAAGCCUUUACAUUGAUGCCGACUUCCCAGUUGAUUAUGCAUUCUUUGAUGGCAAUGCAUCGCCUAUUACAGAUGGCAGUUUAACCUACUAUAAUAUGUUUGAUGCGAAUUAUGACACACUAGCAUGGGCCCUGCAAAAGAAUGGUUUUGGAAACUUGCCAAUAAUAGUUGGAGAGAUUGGAUGGCCAACUGAUGGAGACCAGAAUGCUAAUCUUGUCUAUGCUCAGAAGUUCAACCAAGGUUUCAUGUCCCACAUUUUGAGCGGGAGAGGAACUCCGAUGAGACCAGGGCCGAUUGAUGCAUAUUUAUUCAGUUUAAUAGAUGAGGAUUCAAAGAGCAUUGCUCCAGGAAAUUUUGAACGACACUGGGGAAUAUUUACUUUUGAUGGAAUACCAAAAUACCAGCUUAAUCUUGGUACAACAAAUUCAGGGUCUGUAGUAGCUGCAAAAGGGGUGCACUAUUUGGAGCGCAAGUGGUGUGUGAUGAGGCCAUCAGCGAACCUCGAUGACCCACAAGUGGCACUCAGCGUGAGCUAUGCUUGUGGACUUGCGGAUUGCACAAGCCUUGGUCUUGGUUCAUCUUGUGGAAACUUGGAUGCUAGAGGAAACAUUUCGUAUGCAUUUAAUAGUUACUAUCAGAUGAACAAUCAAAUGGACGUUGCGUGCAAGUUCCCAAACCUCUCAAUGAUCACCAAAACAAAUCCAUCAGUUGGGUCUUGCAGGUUUGAGAUCAUGAUUGAACCAUAUUAUGGAGGUGCAGGCUCAGAAAGGAGACUUGGAAUUCUCCAAAGGCCUCUGAGCCUGGUUGCCGUUCUUAUUCUCUUUUUCGCCAACAGUUAUGUGAAUUAAUUUCAUGCCAAGCCUGCUUCUUCUGAUUAUUGAUGAGGAACACUAGGUGCCACAUUAGCUAGUUAGAGAACAACCAUUGCAUUCCAUUUCAUCAUAGUGGAAGGGAAUUUGAUUGUAGUUCAAAUUUUGAAAUUUGGAAGGUAUGGUAUGACACCUUCAAAUUUGUCUGCAAAAUGCAUGUUUGUUUAAACUAGAAUUGCUUUGGA